ACUCCUUAUCCAUUUCGGCAGCAUAGCAGCAAUUGAGAAGAGAGUAACUGAGAUGCUCUGAAACUGUGAGUGAAUCUAAUGGCAAUACUACGUACUACUCUUCCAUGUCCAACUCAAUUAUCCUCCACAAAACACCAUGUAAUAAUAACAAACUCUUUCGACUUUGACAAGAAGAAACAUUAUUCCCCUGAUCCUUUCUUUUCUUCUUCUCUUCGUUUAUCUGUUACUCAUACCCCAACCCUUAUUAUCACAACCAAACAACACUUUAAUUCUACUCUCAGAUUCGCCUCUACUUCCGAACAACAAGUAACCACCCAGGAACAAACGGAAGAGUUGUCUACUACCAGGUUACUUGCUCAGAAUGUUCCAUGGUCAAGUACCACCGAAGAUGUUCGUUCUUUGUUUGAAAAAUAUGGAAAAGUCCUCCAUGUUGAGCUUUCAAUGUAUAAUAAGAACAGAAACAGAGGUUUAGCUUUUGUGGAAAUGGGUUCUCCUGAAGAAGCUUCUGAGGCUCUUAAUAGUCUCCAAUCAUAUGAGUUUGACGGCCGCAUAAUAAAUAUCCAAUAUGCUAAGCCUAAAAAGGAGAAAAUACCGCCACCAGUGGAACGGAAACCAAUAACAUAUAACUUGUUUGUUGCAAACUUUCCUUAUGAAGCAAGGUCUAAAGACGUCAAGGAGUUUUUUGAUUCAGGAACUGGUAAAGUUGUUUCUGCAGAGGUUAUAUUUCAUGAGAAUCCUCGACGACCAUCUGGUUAUGGAUUUGUCUCCUACAAGUCUAAGAAAGAAGCUGAUGAAGCUCUUGCCGAGUUUCAAGGAAAGAAUUUUAUGGGAAGGCCACUAAGGGUGGCACCUAGUAAGCGGUUUGUUCAACUGGCGGAGGAGAGUGCAGGGUCUGAAGAUACAUCUUCUGAGUUGAGCGUCAAUGAGGCAGAAGCCGACAAAACUGAUUGAUAUUAUUGAUGUUGUAUGCCCUUGCUUCAAACAUUUUGAUUGUUUUCUCAUUCUAACCAAUAAUUCAAAGUUUUUUAUUGGUUUAAAUGAUGUGUUUUUACAGGUAGUUUGUCUCUUUGUGAACUUGAGGCUGAACAGAUAAAAGAAAUUGAUAGUUGUAAGCACAAGCAUCUCUGUGAUUCAAAAUUGAAUAGUCUUUGUUAAUGAAUUAAUAACAUCUCCAUGAAAUCAAAAUAUCUUCAUUGCAUAAUUUCAAAUAAUUAGCAAGGUACUGAACUGUAUCCUAAGAAAGCAAUAAACAUAUCAAUAUUAGUGAUAGUUGCAUUUUCGUUGGUUACUUCGUAA